AUGGUGAAAAAUCCUGCUUUAUCGAUUGAUAAACAAAUUGACAUUGGAAAAGCUAGAGAAGAAAUGAAAAAUCGUAAAAAUAUAGUUCCUAUAAUCGAAGCAAUUAUUUUGUGUGGCCGUCAAAAUUUAGAGCUUAGAGGUCAUCGAGAUUCAGGAAAAAUUUUAACAUGUUCAGAUUCCAAAAUAAACAAUGAAGGCAAUUUUAGAGAAAAUCUUCGAUACAGGGCUCAAGGUGAUAAUGAUUUGAAAUCAUAUUUAAAAGAUCCUGGAACAAUCAAAUAUACUAGUGCUACAAGUCAGACCGCAAUUAUUGAAGCGUGCAAUAAGGUAUUGCUUGAUAAAAUAGUUUCAAGGGUUAAUGCAUCAAAAUUCUUUUCUAUUUUAGCAGACGAAACAGCAAACGUGUCGGGGGUAGAACAAGUGUCUCUAUGUGUAAGGUAUGUUGAAAUAAACCAUCUUGAACUCCGCGAAGAAUUUUUACAAUUUGUGCCAACAUUUGACGUGACGGGAAAGGGAUUGGCAAAACUAAUUAUUGAUAAUCUUCAAAAAUAUGGCAUAGAUACUAAGUACUUAAGAGGUCAAGGAUAUGAUGGAGCAGCAUCCAUGUCAGAUUAA